AUUGUCUGCUGUCAAAACUUGGCAGCUCUGCUCAAUCAGCUGUUUAACAGUCAACAAAACAAUUGCAUUUCUAUUAUAACUGUUAUACUGUGGUUACUACAGGUAAAAGUAACAAAAAAUAAUAAUUUUUAUAUUUCGCUGCAUUUUAUUGAAAUCUCGUUGGCAAUGGAAAAACUGGAGGCUCUGAAAAUAUCAUCAAUGCGUCCACGCACAAAUAUACUUGAUCGACCACUAUCUAAAGGUAAAGGCGAGGUAUCGCAAAGCAUAGUAGCGCUACUUUUCAGUGAAAUCGUGCAAUAUUGUCAAAGUCAAGUGAGCACAGUGCAGGAGCUACAAAACAGAUUGCAUGCCCUUGGCCAAGAUGUGGGCACACGGAUUAUUGAUUUGUAUUUUAUGCGUGAACGCAAUGGCAAACGUGAAACAAAGUUAACACAAAUGCUGUUAUUUGUAAAAACAACAGUAUGGAAGAAUUUAUUUGGCAAAGAGGCUGAAAAGCUCGAACAUGCAAAUGACGAUGAAUGCACUUAUUAUAUUAUCGAAAAGGAACCAAUGGUCAAUACGUUUAUAAGUGUACCUAAAGAUAAGAGCACACUUAAUUGUGCCAAUUUUACAGCUGGUAUUGUGGAGGCAGUGCUAAAGAAUUCAGGAUUUCCUUGCAAAGUGACGGCUCAUUGGCAUAAAGGCACUACAUACAUGGUCAAAUUCGAGGACAAUGUUAUUGCACGCGACAAACAACUGGAAGAUAAAUAGAUUUUAUUAAUCGCAAUUUUAUGUUCAUUUUAAUAAGACUAUGUUUAUUCAUUAAUAAAAGCAUAUGCACAUAUUUUUUAAUAUGGCUACAACUUUGCCACAAGCCA